AUGGCUCCGCGGCUGAAUUUGGGCUCCCAUGCCCUCCUCAUCCUGGGCGUUUUGCUCGUUCUGCUGCCGGCCCAGACUUACGCCUUUGGCGCUGGAAACAUCGCAUCGAUCUCCGCCGUGGAGGGCAAGAACUGGCGCCAUGGAGACAUUGAAGAUAUGCUUAAGACGGUCGCCUUUAUCAAAGGACACAAGUGGACUUCCACCAUGGUCAAGCGCGUCUACUUUGGUAACUGGUUGCGUGAUUACUCGCAGGCCAUGGAUGUCGGUACUCUCAAGAACCUACAAGCCGAUACUAUCCGUAUCCUUGUUUGGAUUCUGUCUUUCAUGACCUUCGGAUACGCCACGGCGGAGUUCGAGGUCACCUCCGAUAGACUCGGUGUUUACCGCCCUGAGGAGCAUAUUGACAACCCUAAGGACUAUGCGGACAAUCAGGAUGCGCGCCAGUACGACAAACGCUUGCGUGGACCGAUCCGCCAGGUGGAACUCGAGAUCGACGCUGAUACCGGCAUGAAGAACUACAUCGCCAACGAAGGUGGAGACUGGACGACCAGCUCCGGAUAUAUCAAGUACAGCUUGGCUCGGAGCAUUCACUACGGGCGGACCUACACCCACGGUAGAGACAAGGGCAACGAGGCCGACCUUUGCGAGGCUCUGCGGUGUCUGGGUCAGGGCCUCCACACCCUGGAAGACUUCGCGGCACACACCAAUUACUGUGAGCUUGCGCUUCGUGAGAUGGGCUUCAAGAAUGUCUUCCCGCACACAGGUGUCAACACGGAACUGAACGUUCGCGGUCGCCGGGUCUUCCCGCUGGUGACAGGAACAUUCGGUAUGGUGGAUUUCUUCCAUUCCGUUCUGGGGGAAGCCACCGAUCACUUCACUCAGUCGGAAGUUAACGAGAUGGAUAUCGCUCUUGGAGAUGCUCAGAAUAACUCGUCCGCGAAUGCCCUUGGCGCUUUCACGAAUCUGUUGGGCGGGAUUCCGGGAACGAAGGAUCUCGUCGAGGAAGCUGAAGAGCUUAAGCGUCGCUCGGAGGCUCAAGAGUCUGCAAAUCGGAGCGGUGGUGCUCGCCAGGGCUAUGGCUCAAGCAGAGGGUUUGAGGAAGAUUACGGUUCCUCGCGCUCUCGCGGCUUUGAUGACUACGAGUCCUCGCGCUCUCGCGGCUUCGAUGAUGAAGAGCCUAGCAGCUAUAGGGCUGGGGAAUCAGCACGGCCUCAGUCUAGUGGAGGAUCCGGUGGCUCGGCACUGCAAGACUUUGACCCAAACAAGACAAUUGCGCAGAUCUAUCCAAUCCUCGAGUUCAGAGACAAGGUGGUUCGCAAACUUACUUCGAUCAUUGAGAAGAUUCCUGGGCUGGAGGCCGUCGUCGAGAAGAUCACGGAGACCCUGACGGUCUUCAUCAUGUCUCUCCUCGCACCUUUCAUUCGUCCUAUCAUCAAUGCUGCUUCCAAGUCGCUGCAAACUGGCUCUUCUGGCGUGAUUGAUGCCUCUGGCCAGCAUCAGUAUGAGCCGUGGACAGAACCCGACUGUACCGAUCCAACCCACUCCAUGUUGUCCAAGGACCACUUUGCCAACAUCCUCAACGAGCCUGCUGGUCAGGUUGCAUCUGCUAUUCUCAAGUAUGUGGCUCCACGCGUUCUCCAUGCUUGGGAGAACAUCAACAUCUCGGAGGAGCAAGUGUUGGACGAUUGCUUGAAGGUGUUCCACCACCCUGCUCUUCGUGACCACCGCAACGAGGCUCACCGGACUAUGUUCGAAGCCGUCGAGACCUGGGUUCAAUCCCGAUCCGAUAGAGGCUCUAGACUCAACGACAUUCUGAGCGCCGAGGGUGUAAAAUCCGGCAAGAACACGGGUGGUGUACCCCACACCCAUGGCGCUAGUGGGAACCAAUCUGGACACAGCCAGCAGCAUCGUCCUCCUUCCUCACAGCAGCAGCAGCAGCAGCAGCAGCAGCAGCAGCAGCAACAGAGCGGCGGCUUACCAUUCGGAGGCCUUUCCAACUUGCCCAUUCCUGGUAUCUCUAACCUAGGGGGCCUGAACAGUGCCUUCUCCAAUCUUAUGGUUGGCGGUUCAUCGAGAAACGAGGAGCCCGAGCAGACUCAAAGCUCGACCUACCAGACCUCAUACCAGAACGAACAGACUCAGAGCUCGACAUACCAGACCUCAUACCAUAGCGAGCAGCAGUCGUACCAAUCCCAGCAGCAGUACUCGGGGCAGUCCUACGGUUCUUAUGAGCAAUCUCGUCCUUAUGAGCCACGGCCGUCGUAUCCCAGUAGCCAGGGCUAUGACUACAGCGGCCCCCGGAAGGAAUCCCACCAUCACCAUCAGCCUCGCCCCGCCUACCCCAGCCAAGGCUAUGAGCACGGCGGCGAGUCGGAUGGCGGUCGUCACCCUCCCGGCCAUUUGCCCCCGGGUCCCUCAAGUGAUUCCUACGGAGGCAACAGUGGCUACAGCGGGGGCUAUAGCCAAGGGUAUGAGCACGGCGGCAAGUCGGAUGACGGUCAUCAUCAUCACCGACACGAUGACCACAUCCAUCACCCUCCCGGCCAUUUCCCCCCUGGUCCUUCAUAUGAUUCCUAUGGAGGCAAUAGUGGCUACGGCGGUGGCUACAACCAAGGCUAUGGCUCAGGUGAGUAUCGUUACUGA